UCAAUAGAAAGCCUGCAGUAUUUUUUUCCUCUAGACACGGUCAGUCUAUUCUCUCAUAUUGCUUAUGAAGAGUGGAGCUCAUCUCAUGCUUUCAUGGCUGCGCGAGCGAUGAUCUGAUCUUCCUCCCCUUCCCCUUGUCUGUUCCCCUCCUGGUGGAUUGCAUUUCUCGUCCCCUUUUCUCUCUUUUUGGACUUCACUAUUUUGGACUUGCGCUUUCUUCAUGUCCAUGUUGAGCCAUGCAGCCUCCUCCGAGAAAGGUAAAAGUCACACAGGAGCUGAAGACCACUCACACAGAGCAGCUCACCAGACUUCACUUUAAACACCAGACCGAAUGCGACUUACUGGAAGACAUGAGGACUUAUAGUCAGAAGAAGGCCACACUGGAGAGGGAGUAUGCACAGGCUUUGCAGAAGCUGGCCAAUCAGUAUCUAAAGAGGGACUGGCCUGGCAUCAAACCAGACGACCAGAGAAACGACUACAGAAACGUGUACGGGGUGUGGAGGGCGUAUCUGGAAGGCACAGUGGAGGUGAACCAGACUCGACUUUACAUUUGCGAGAAUUACAAGAACGAGAUCUCGGACCCGGCCAAAACUGUACGCCUUUUCAAAGAGCAGCAGCUCAAGAAGUGCAUCGAGCAGUUGGGCCGGAUCCAGGCCGAACUCCAAAACUCUGUGAAGGACCUGGCAAAGUCUAAGAAGAAGUACUUUGAGCUGGAGCAGAUGGCCCAAGCCGUCCGGGAAAAAGUGGACAUCGAGGCCAAGUCGAAGCUGGGCCUGUUUCAGUCCAGGAUUAGUUUACAGAAGGCCAGUGUCAAGCUCAAAGCCAAGAGGAGCGAUUGCAACUCCAAAGCCACACACGCCAGAAACGAAUACCUUCUUACGCUCGCGGCGGCCAACGCACAUCAAGACCGAUACUACCAGACCGAUCUGGCCAACUGUAUUAAGGCGCUGGAUGGUAGUGUAUAUGAACAUGUGAAGGAUUAUUUGAUGUCUUUUUGCCGGACAGAGUUGGAAGCAUUCCAGGCCGUCCACAACACGUUCCAGUUCCUGCUGGACAAGUCCAGUCGAGUGGGGCAGGAUUUCAAUCAGCAGCUGUUCCUGCAGGAGAACCCCAUUUUCCACAAAGCACAGGACUUUCAGUUCCAGCCGUGUGACAGUGACGCAAGCCGGCAACUGGAGUCAGAAACAGGUACCACGGAGGAGCACAGCCUCAACAAGGAGGCCAGGAAAUGGGCGACACGUGUAGCCCGAGAGCACAAAAACAUCAUUCACUAUAAACGGACGCUGGAGGAGUGCGAGAGACAAGGGACUCCUCCUACAGAACAGAGCCGUAUUGACCUGGAAUUCAAAAUCGAGGAGGCCAGAGAGCACAUUCGUAAAGCUGAGACGGUGAAGCUCAAAGCAGAGGCUCGCCUGGACCUGCUCAGACAGGUAGGCGUUUCCGUGGAUACGUGGCUAAAAAGCGCAAUGAACCAAGUGAUGGAAGAGCUGGAGAAUGAGCGCUGGGCAUCGCUGCCCACCCACACUACCCACGAUCCCUCGCUCCCAACCCCCGUGGACUUGGACCGUGACGAAGGCGAGGAACUGGAGGAGAACAUGGAGCAAUUUGACGACAGCAGUUCUAGUCCUUCAGGAACACUGAGGAACUACCCACUUACCUGUAAAGUGCUUUACUCUUACAAGGCUUCACAGCCAGACGAGCUGACCAUCGAUGAGCAUGAGGUGCUCGAGGUCAUAGAGGAUGGAGACAUGGAGGACUGGGUCAAAGCACGGAAUAAGGCAGGUCACGUGGGCUAUGUGCCUGAGAAGUACCUGCAGUUUCCCUCCUCUAACAGCAUACUGAGCAUGCUCCAAUCGCUUUCUGCUUUGGACUCGCGCUCACACACGUCAAGCAACUCCACUGACCCUGAGCUGGCCUCAGGCAGUAUCAACGGUGACUCCAAUAUGAGUUUUGCAAAGGCCAUAUACGACUAUGAGGGCCAGACCGAUGAUGAGCUGUCCUUCCCAGAGGGUGCCGUCAUCCGGAUCCUUAACAAAGACAAUCAGGAGGACGAUGGAUUCUGGGAAGGCGAGUUUAAUGGGAGAGUAGGUGUCUUUCCAUCCGUCCUGGUGGAGGAUCUGACUGCAGAAAAUGGAGACACGCACUGGGCUUUGGAUGCUCAGGUAUCAUCAUGUGUGAAACUGCAGUCAUCUUUGCCUCCUUUACCCCUCUAUGAUCAGCCCCCCUGCACCCUAGACUGUAGCCCCGCUCCCAACCUGCCUCGUUCACCGUCCGUCAACGGAGAGCACAAACAUCCCGGCCUGCACAAAACCCUUCCACACAAUCACAAUUCUGGUUUGAGUCCAGAAAGCCCUGGCUUUCCCCAGCCUCCGAGAUUUACACCUGAUGGAUCCGGUCCGGGAAAACUACGACCUGUCCGUGCAGCUCCACCUCCUCCGAAACAACACUCUCGUAGACAAGUGACAAAACCGAGGAAGUGGAGAUCACGUUGGUGUAAUAGCAAGGAUUUUUUUUUUAUUAUAGAGGACUCAUCUACAUUUGACCUCAAAUUCCUACUGGCUUUGAAGGAGUGUGGCUGACUGUAAAGCCACCCUUCCUGCACUCUGAACGAGGUGGUCUGCAUUUCAAAGUCUCCUGCCUGCUAACCCUGGAAAACACCUCUUAUGGCGUCACAGACUGUUUGGUGCCUUUUAACCCUUUUCAUGCCAAAAGCGAUCCUUGUAUUUGUAGAGUCAAAAUGUUGUGGCAUUACCAGUUAUGAUGGUAUGCUCUGCAAAAUCAAGACGGCAUAAAAAUGUAAGAGUAAUAAAGCCCGGUUGGUUAACUUGCACAUAUUCUUAUCCACCGGGCUCAUCAAUAGCAACAAAUGCAAUAUCAGGAGGUGAUUGAGGGAUUCCGUGGGGGCAUUUUUUCGGUGUACAGUGGGUAUGGGUGAUUAAGUUUGCCCCGUCUUUAGCCACGUGUAGUUCUACCAUGCGUAUUUAAUGUUGUAUUAGUACAGUACAUUACUGUUUGUCAUAGGAAUGUUCAGAAUAGGUGCAACAUUUCUUCAUAUAUUAUAACUGAGUGGAUGCUUUUUAAAACAAAAUUGAGGACGAAGGCAAUUGUGUAUAAAAGGGUAAAAGGCUGAGGUAUGGAGGGAGAGAGGGAGUUGAAGAGAAUGAGGGCUGGAUCCUGCAUUUUCUUUUUUUCCUCUCGCAUAUCUCCUCUAGCCGAAUGCAUUACUCCUCCAUAUCGUGUUAAUCAGAGUACAGUACUAAUAACAAUAAUAUUCUCCUUUUCUCAGCUUGACCUUAAGAAGACUGCCGUUUGUACGUAUUAACUAAUAUUUAGUCAUCAAAUAAAUGACUGUGGAUGGAGGAUUUUUUUUGCUGUGCGUUGUCCCUGGGAACGAGCCCUUAGGCUGUUAUUUUAUGAGCUGUUUGCAAAUGCCAAUCAAUAUGUGAGCAUUCUUUCAAGCGCUUCAUUUUCUUUUCCUAAUUCUUAUCUUGCGCUCUCAUCACAAUAGCAUAGACUCAAUCUAAUGUGUGUUGGCAGUCUGGUCACGGACAUUUCGUAGUAAUUAGCGUCAUAAGUGCUUUUCCUUUCUACAAAGGGCAGCUGUUUGUUUUUUUUUGUUGUUUUUUUUUUUUUUUUCUAUUUUUAUAUUACGGUAUCGUAUGUCAUUAACAAAUUCUGACACGGCUCCAAAUUCAUUAUAAGUACUGAAUGCCUGUAAUUUAUAUCAUUAUUAAUAUUUUUAUUGACCCUCAACUGGUAGGUAGUAUAUAUAUAUAUAUAUAUAUAUAUAUAUAUAUAUAUAUAUAUAUAUAUAUAUAUAUAUAUAUAUAUAUAUGCAUUUUAUAUAGCAUUGUAAAUGUCUUUAAGUCCAUUUAAAUCUUCAGGAAGGAAGUGAGAAGUAAUGAGAGAAAUGGCAUUUUCUGCCAGACAGACGGCUAGCCAACAAGGUUAGCUAACCAAGGCUAACCUGACUAAAUUGUUGAGGAUUUUAAAGUAAUAUGUGUAAAAGUUCACAAUACUCACAGCUAACUGCAAUUAGCUGGCUAAACAUGAGCUAACCUGAUGAAUUCUGAGAGGAAUUCUUUGAAUUCAUAUCAAUAGAUAUUCAUAAAAUCCGCAACUAAACGAUAAUUAGCUGGUAUAACAGUUCUGUGAGGAUUUUGAAUACAUAUCCAUAAAUGUUCACAAUAUUCAUAUGUAGCACUGGUUAGCUAGGUUUAAGCUAACCUUAUAGGAUUUCUGCUAUGAAACAUUUUUGCUAAGUUCACAAACAUUUAAAAUAUUUUCAGCUAUCUGGCUGGCAAAAUUCACAGGAUGUCUGAGAAAGCCUCACUUUUCUGAGUGCGAUCAUAAAACUAAUUCUGAAGCCCAGGCAUGAACUCAGAAACACUCCAAACCUUACAUUGUGACCUGCAACUAGGAAUUGUUCAGAGGUUUGGAUUGCCUUCUCUUAAAAUCAAACCAUGCUCUUUUACAUUCAUCCAAGAUUUCAGCACAUGCCCACAUUCAACGGUAUAGCGUGUAUCUCAGCACUUUUUCCAAAAGCCCUACGGCUUUGUGUCUUUGACGUUUAUGUCUGCAUCCCAUCAAAGGACCCUUGUGUAGCAUAGCUGCCUGUAUGUGUAUGUUUUGUUCUGUUUUAUUAAAUUCAGUGUUUUAUUCCCCAGUGGGUUUGAUGGCUAAAGAAUACAGCCCUAUUAUUUAUUCUCUUCCUCCAAGAGUAAGAAAUCACCCAUUUUCUAGAAGUUAGUGUUACUAGUGUUAAUAACAGUAAAUAAUGUCACAUUAACAAUGGUGCUUGUAAAGAAUGGGGGGAUUGUGUAUGUUAGGAUUUUCUUUCAACACAAUGGGCAAAAAUUGGCAUAUCUGCCCUCAUGUCAUGUGUUUUUUUUGUUGUUGUUUGUUUUGUUUUUUGCAGCCCGUUUUCUUGUUGAUCUCAUUGAGAUCUUUUGAAUGUUAUCAAACUUAUUUUAAAGUUUACAGCUCAUCCUGUCAGAAAGCUCCUCUCAGAGAUUGGCUUUUUUUUCCCCCUCCUUUCAUCACUUUCUGAUUUCUGCAAAAAAAAAUUUAAUCCACAUAAGCUUGUCAAUCUAUUUUUUAAAAUCCUUUUUGUUUUAUUUUAUUUGAAAGCCACUGCUGGAAAAGAAUUGUGUAAUGACAUUGGACUGUUGUUGCAGUGGACAUAUCAGAGAACAGGUCAAGACAUUUCUUUCUGCAUAUUAUUAGCUGUAAAGUAAUUUGUAUUUAUUGUGUACAAAUGUUUAAUAAAAAUUUAGAAAAUGA